UGUCUUCGAGAUACCUGAUCUUUAUUCCUUAAUUUCAGAUAUUUUCCUUUCGCGUUCAGCUAAAGAACUGAAAGAUGUACACCUAUUUUGGCCCACAGCCAUGCCGUAAAUCCAGUCCGACCCUUUUAAAGUUGAAAGGCGGCCAAAAACUGAGCAGAGGAUUAAUUAACAAACCACAAAUAAGCAGCAAGAAAAACAGGUUUUCUAGUCACACAACUGUUACUCUCCCUGAGAACUGUCAUGUUUGAUGUUGUAUAAACGACUUGGUACAGAUUAGUCACCCAAUAUAAACGGCUUGGUACCGGCUAGUCCCUAAAUAUGUCAAUUCUUCGACAUCUUCUUGACCUUUCUUUGGUUCGACCACACGUCCGCUUCUUACAAACCUCUGCAGUUGUGUUUCGAACAGACGUGAUUCAGACGGCUUCGACAAGCGUUGAUCACAAUACAGUGGCCGAGGAACAAGUUCUCUUCGAUGAUAACACUAGAAUAUUUGCUGUAAAGAAAACAAGCGACAUACUGCGUUCUCUUUUCGUUCUUAAAUUGUGCUCCUAUGAUGUUGUGGCAAAGAAAAGUAUGGUGCUUAUGUCCUUUGGCCAAAGGGUGCUUGGAAAAACGUUGUUCGAAUUUUUAUUGCGUAAAACUAUGUACAGCCAGUUUGUGGCUGGAGAGACUCUGCCAGCCAUUCAGGACACAAUCAAAUUGUUACGAGACUGUGGGAUAGGGACUAUGUUGUGUGUGCCUAAUGAAGAGGAUCUCUCCACUGACUAUGAAACCUUUAAAGGCAGGGAGGCAAUGUUUGAUAGAAAUGCAAAGGCCAUUCUUGACUGUAUUGGAAAAACAGAACAAGGAGGCUUUUCACAAAUGAAAAUGACAGCAGUUUGCAGUCCUUUGUUACUUAAUGCACUGAAUGAGCAUUUAGCUCCAUAUGAGACCAGCUCAGAGUUGCCAGCAGAACUGGGUAUUGAAAGAUUUGCAGGAGGGCUUGAUAAGAAAAUCAAGCUCUCUGUUUUAAAUGACAACCAAAAUGAACAUCUUCAAAAUGUUUUGAAAAGACUGGACACAUUUGCUAAGGCAUGCAUAAGUCGCAAUGUACAGUUGGUGAUUGAUGCAGAGCAGACAUACCUCCAGGCUUCAAUUGGUCAACUGGUGUUAGCACUUCAGUACAAGUACAACAAAAACAUGCCUUGGGUGUACAAUACUUAUCAGUGCUACAGGAAGGAUACCCUUGACAGAGUGAAAGCAAAUUUAGAACUGAUGGACAAACUUGGUUUCUACUUUGGUGCGAAGAUUGUGCGAGGAGCAUAUAUGGCACAGGAAAGAAAUCAUGCAGCGGACAUGGGCUAUGAUGACCCCAUACAUAACAGUUAUGAAGAUACCUGUAGCAUGUACAAUCAAGUGGUGGAAACUGUGCUACAGAGAGUUAGUCAUACUCCAGCAGAAGUAAUGGUGGCAUCUCACAAUGAAGAAUCAGUUCAACUUGCUGUGCAAAGAAUGAAGGACCUUGGAAUUGCACAAGAUUCUGGAAAGGUUUCAUUUGGACAGCUUUAUGGAAUGUGUGAUCAGGUCUCCUUCCUGUUAGGGCAGAAAGGCUUCAGUGUGUACAAGUCAGUCCCAUAUGGCCCAGUGGGUGAAGCACUUGCCUAUCUUGCACGGCGAGCUACUGAGAACAAAGAUGUCGUCAAAAGAACAGAAAAGGAAAGGUCACUCUUGUGGCAAGAGUUAAGGAGAAGAAUUGCAGUCUCCUCAGCAUGAUAUUGCCGCAAAUGGCAUUAUUAACCGCGCGGCCAUGGGCCAAGCGCGGUUCAUGUUCUACCCUUGGUUUAUUGUUUUUUGUUAUUUUUUUUUUG